AUGGAUAUAAAAGAUUACUACAUGAGUGGAGUUAAUUUAAAACGGAAUGGGAAUUUGUUAGUGCUGGAAGUGCCAGGAGUAGAAGAGGGCCGCCCUCGCCUGAUUCCAGGUGACAAGGUGAUACUGAAAAGCCAGGUGUACUCAGGGCAUAUAAUAGAGUACAUUGCAUAUGUCGCUGAGAUAUGUGAGGAAGAUGUUACUCUUAAGGUUAAUGCGGACUUUGAACGGACUUACAACUUGGAACCCAUGGAUGUGGAAUUUGUUCAUUGCAGGAUUCCUAGCCGGCGAUGCCAGUUGGCCAUUCAGCAAGCUCUCUACCUGGGUGAGACAGUGUUAUUUCCAGAAAGGCUUGUGUUAAAAUCACCACAAGCUAUCAAGACCCAGAAUACUGCAGAGUAUUGUGCUGUUGAUGAUGGCCUUAAACAAUCUUCACAGCAGGAAAGUCAAAAAAAAGCAGAACAAACAGACAAAAGGUACGGCAUCAAGGGAGGUGAACAUAACCAAUUUGGUGAAACUGUGGAACUUAAACAGAGAGAUGGUGAAUUUUUCAAUCCUAUGCUGAAUGUGCAACAGAGGCUGGCAGUGAAAAGGAUACUGAGUGGUGAAUGUCGCCCAACACCUUAUCUUCUCUUUGGACCACCAGGAACUGGAAAAACAGUAACAGUAAUUGAAGCUAUUUUACAGAUACAUUUUACUCUCCCAGACAGUCGGAUUUUGGUAUGUGCGCCGUCAAACACUGCAACAGAUCUGAUUUGCUUGCGGCUGCAUCAAAGCAAUCUCUUAAAACCAGGAGCUAUGGUCCGAGUUAAUGCUGCCUUCCGGUCAACAGAGCAGAUUGAUGACAUGGUGAAACCUUACUGCAAAGAUGGUGAUGAUAUUCAGAAGGCAUUGUGGUCCAGGAUUGUAAUUACAACAUGCAGCAGUGCAGGAUUGUUUUAUCAAACAGAUACACGGCUUGGACAUUUCACUCAUGUGAUUCUGGAUGAAGCAGGACAAGCAAGUGAACCGGAGAGUCUGAUUCCUAUUGGGUUGAUUUCAGAAGCUGAUGGACAGAUAAUUCUCGUUGGAGAUCCAAAGCAGUUAGGGCCAGUAAUAAAAUCUAAACUUGCGAAGACUUUUGGAUUAAGUAUGUCAUUGCUAGAAAGACUGUCAUCAAGGGAGCUAUAUCUGAGAGAUGAGGAUGCUUUUGGUGCCUGUGGAGCGUACAAUCCUUUGUUGAUCACUAAACUCACAAAGAACUACAGGUCACAUUCUGCGUUGCUUGCCUUGCCAUCUAAAUUGUUUUAUCACAAGGAGCUAGAAGUUUGUGCAGAUACUUCAGUAGUAACUUCUUUGUUGAAUUGGGGGAAGUUGCCCAGGAAGGGAUUUCCAUUAAUUUUUCAUGGAAUAAAGGGCAGUGAAACACGUGAAGGUCACAGUCCUUCGUGGUUUAAUCCAGCUGAAGCAGUUCAAGUAAUGAUGUACUGUUGCCAGCUGGCUAGAAGUGAAUACUCUGCAGUAUCAGUGACAGAUAUUGGAGUGAUUGCACCGUAUCGUAAACAGGUGGAAAAAAUUAGAGUUCUUCUCAGAAACAUUGAUUUGGAAAACAUAAAGGUUGGCACAGUAGAAGAGUUUCAAGGGCAGGAAUACAUGGCUAUCAUCUUAUCAACAGUGCGUUCUCAGAAAGUUGUAAUUGAUGAUGAAAAACACUGUUUGGGCUUUCUCUGCAACCCAAAGAGAUUUAAUGUAGCAAUUACUAGAGCAAAAGCUUUGCUGAUUGUUGUGGGAAAUCCUCAUGUUCUUGUAAAAGAUCCCUGUUUUUAUGCUCUGUUAGAAUACAGUUUAAUGAACAGAGUCUAUAUAGGUUGUGACCUGCCCAAAGAGCUGGAACACCUGCAGAAGUGUGACUAGUUUUUUGGUAUUCAAGAUCCAUCCAAGAGUUUGGUAUUCAUCUGUUUUGAAACUAAAAUCACUUGUGAAAAGUUCAGUCCUGAGAAGAUGAAGCACUUUGUGUCCUCAGAGAGAAGCAC